AUGAAAUAUAUAUUGUUAGUUUUACUUUUGCUUUUCACAGAAAGUUUAUCUUAGGUUUUAGUAACACCAAGAAUUCAAUGCAGAACAAAAAAGUGUGAAGGUGAUAACUUUUGUUUUUAAGGUUAUUGUACUCCUUGUGAUGGCCCAAGAAGUAUAUGUAUCUGAUUUUAUUCAAUUAUUUAAAGGGACUAAAAGAAAACCUUAAUGGGGAACCAAAAUUGGGGAAGCUCUAAAUGUGCCUGCUUAUUCUAAUUAUGGAGAUCUUGAUGUUUAAGAUAAAAAUAAAAAUGAAUAUUUAUUAGAUUCUCAAAUUAAUUUUGGAGAAGAAAUCUAUAUUGGAUAGAAGUAUAAAGAUUGAUAUUUCUAGAUAUUAAUGUGUUCAUUAUGCUAGAAGAUUUUGGGUCUCUUAAUAUAAUACAACAUUUGGAUCUGUUGAAAGGGCUGAGUAAAUAUUUGAUCUCUAAGAAGCAUAUAAUUUUGACACAAAACAAAAUAUAUAAUUGAAGAAAUUUAAAAAUGGAGGCAUUGAACCACCUUAAUAGGGUGAUUUAUUGAUUUGGUAAAAAGAUAAUGGAGAAUUUCCAUAUGGACAUGUUGCAGUUGUGAUAUCUAUUGAUAUUUAAUCUGCUUCCCCUCAUGUUUUGAUUGCAGAAUAAAAUUACGAUUAAGCAUGGGAUACAAGGAACUUUGCUAGAGCAUUAAAACUUUCAAUAGGGGAAAAUAAAGAAAUAAUUGUUUCCAAUAAUAGAUAAACAUUCCCAAAUAAAGACGAUCUAAAAUGUAGAGAUGAUGAAAUAACCACACAAGGUGUCAUUUUAGGUUGGGUUCGUUUAGAGAUUUAAUGAAUAAUUAUAUAAAAUGCAUUUUUUAAUAUUGAUGUAAAAUCUAAUUAUCAUUCAGAAAUAUAUUAAUAGGAGCUGUGAUUGCCAUUUAACCAAACUGUGAUAAUCUAUGUGAUGGUGAUCAUUAUUGCUAUUUUAGUGAAUGUUAUUCAUGUAAUUAAUUCAGAAAAGAUUGUAAGAAAAUAGAAUAAUCUUAUAGGGGAAUAAUCAAUACCUGAUUAUGGAGUUAUAAUUGGUUAUGGUAAUAAGAUACCUGCAUAUUCUUGCUAAAAUGACACUUAGCAUAUAGCUGAACUUAAACAUUAUUUAUAACCAUAAGAAUCUGGUUUAAAUUAAACAGUUUAUGUUGGAAUGAAGUUCUUUAUUUAUAUUUUAUAAAUAGAUAUCAGUGUGUUCAUUAUGCAAGAUAUUAUUGGAUUUUGAAAUAUGGAUCUGCAUUUCCUGAUGUUGACACAGCUGAUCAAAUUUAUGAUCUAGAAUUUGCAUUUGAUUAUUAAAAUGGAGGUAAGAGAAAGAUUCUUCAGUUUAAAAAUGGAGGAUAGGAAAGACCUUUACCAGGAGAUUUAUUAAUUUGGAAUAAGAGUCAACCAAAUUAUCCUUAUGGACAUGUUGCAGUGGUUUUGGAUGUUUAAUUAUCUGAAAAUGAACCUUAUGUUACUAUAGGAGAAUAGAACUAUGAUGAUAUUUGGGACUCUUAAUAAUAUGCUAGAAAAUUAAAAGUUGCAAAAAAUAACUUAGGAAAUUAUUACAUUAUUAAUUAACGAGAGAUAAGUAAUUUACAUCCAUAAGAAAAAUGUAAAGAUUAUAGUGGAAGUGCAUAUGAUGUUAUUAUUGGAUGGGUUAGACUGAUAUGA